GCCAUGGCGGAACUGCGAGAGACGCCGGAAACGGAAUGACGUAGACGCGGCGCGGGAAGGGGACGGAUUGGACUGUACCAAAUUCGGAAAAAGAUUGUCUGGUUGCACUCUAGUUCUCCUAGGACCCUCUCUAUGGUUUAAUUGGAAAUAUUCAGGACUUGUGAGUCUUUAAAGUUGAAUCUGAUUGUUGCUCCAGGACAUACAGGUCUUUACCACCUUUUCCAAAUUAAAGUUUUUUAGUUUAUUCCAGUAGCUAGGCGACUGUAAGUCGGAAACGGAAAUGCCUUGCCAGACAACUUCCGGAAUGGGCCGCCAUGGCUGCCAAGGAGGAGGUGCUCGCUUUGCAGGCUGAAGUUGCGCAGCGUGAGGCGGAGCUGAGGUCCCUGAAGCAGAGGCUGGCGGCUGCUCUAUUAGCGGAGCCGGGGCCAGAGCGGCUGGCUCCGGUGUCGCCCCUGCCACCGAAGGCCGCCCUGUCCCGAGAUGAAAUUCUGCGGUAUAGCCGGCAGCUGGUGCUGCCUGAGCUAGGCGUGCACGGUCAGCUGCGCCUGGCGACCGCGUCCGUGCUGGUCGUGGGCUGCGGUGGCCUCGGAUGCCCACUUGCGCAAUACCUGGCAGCGGCCGGUGUAGGCCGCCUGGGCCUUGUGGACUACGACGUAGUGGAAAUGAGCAACUUGGCCCGCCAAGUACUUCAUGGGGAGGCUUUGGCUGGCCAGGCCAAAGUUUUUUCGGCCGCCGCCUCGCUGCGCCGCCUCAAUUCCGCGGUGGAGUGCGUGCCCUACGCUCAGGCGCUUACGCCUGCCACCGCGCUAGACCUAGUCCGCCGCUUUGACGUGGUGGCCGACUGCUCUGACAACGUGCCCACUCGCUACCUGGUUAACGACGCCUGUGUGCUAGCCGGCCGGCCUCUCGUGUCGGCCAGCGCCCUGCGCUUCGAGGGCCAAAUCACAGUCUACCACUAUGAUGGCGGGCCUUGCUAUCGCUGCGUAUUCCCCCAACCACCUCCAGCGGAGACUGUAACCAACUGUGCGGAUGGCGGGGUACUCGGUGUGGUAACUGGGGUGUUGGGUUGCUUGCAGGCGCUAGAAGUGUUGAAGAUCGCUGCGGGUUUGGGCCCCUCUUACAGUGGGAGCCUGUUGCUCUUUGAUGCUCUCAGAGGACAUUUCCGCUGUAUUCAGCUGCGGAGCCGCAGGCCGGACUGUGCUGCUUGCGGGGAGCGACCCAGUGUAACUGAGCUGCAAGACUACGAAGCCUUUUGUGGCUCCUCAGCCACUGAUAAGUGCCGCUCCCUGCAGUUACUGAGCCCAGAGGAGCGAGUUUCUGUUACCGACUAUAAACAACUUCUGGAUUCUGGGUCACCUCACCUGUUGCUGGAUGUCAGGCCUCAAGUGGAAGUGGACAUAUGUCGUUUGCCUCAUGCCCUACACAUCCCUUUGAAACAUUUGGAACGUAAGGAUGCGGAGAGCCUGAAACUUUUAGGAGAAGCAAUCCAGGAAGGGAAGCAGGGUACUCAGGAAGCGACGGCUCUCCCAAUUUAUGUGAUUUGCAAACUGGGCAAUGAUUCCCAGAAAGCCGUGAAGAUCCUGCAGUCCUUGACAGCAGUUCAAGAAUUAGACUCUUUAGCUGUUCAGGAUGUUGUGGGGGGCCUCAUGGCCUGGGCUGCCAAAAUCGAUGCAACAUUUCCACAGUACUGAGGUGGCUGGUAGUCUGACCUUGGAAAGAUGUGGAUUGCCAAGCUACCCUAACUACAUUUAUUUGCGUUUUUUGUAUAUUGUAUGAAUCAGCCUGGGGUUCUCCAAUAUGUGUGAAUGCAAGGACUCAUUUUUAUAAGGGGCUUUUUAAAUUGUAACAUGGGGCAACUUAAUUAUGUUACUGUUUUAACAGCUGUCCACGUUUUCAGCGUUUGGAGGGUGUCUUGAACAUGUGAGAUAAAACAUGACAAGGUUUUGUGUUGAACUGCAGAUCAUUUGCCUGUCCUUUUUCUCCCAGCUUCUCCAAACACUUCUUUAAAUUGUCCAUUUUAAUGCUUAGAAAAGUGUAAUGCACUUAUAUCACAGGAGAUAUAUUUAGUGUCUGUUUAUUGUUUACAAAGACAUUCUUUGGAUAUUACUCCUACUUCAGGCAAUAGAACACAUCACACAGAAAAGUGUUUAAAGUCAUCUAAAUUAUCUGUGAAGUGAUCGUUUUAUUAAAUAUUUUGAGUUAAUAUCACAGAGAUAUUUAUAGCUUAGCAAGAUAAAGGAAACCACAUUGUAGUCUGUCACUUAUAAAUUGCUGUUUUUUUUCUUAAAGUUAGCUUCAGUGGGUGGUCCACCUUAUGAUAUACACACAGAACAGUUUCUAAACUCAACUGUGGUUUGGCUUGCUUUGGAAUCUUCAAGUCCAAGUCCCAAGUUUCUGCUUUCCCCUGAACUUUAUCCAAUCUGUUAACUUCCUACUUUUCUGUUAAGGUCAGGAUGCCAAAUACAGUAUUGAAUGACAGUGGAAUAGUGAAUAUUCUUAUCUCCUUCAUAACCUCAGAUGAAAAACUGACUUUUUAACCAAUAUCAAUUUUACUGCUUUACUGUAGGUUCCCUUUAUCAGAGUGGAGAAAUUUCUGUCUAUAGUUUGCUAAGAGUUUUCACUGGAUUUAUCAAAUGCUUUUCCUGCGUUAUUGGUUAUGAGCUUUUUUCCUCUUACAAUGAGUCACAUUGGUGACACAAAAAGUUGUGGAAAUAAAUGACAGACAUGGUGAGGACAGCAAA